AUCCUGCCCUCUGGCCGAUACUACGUUGAUCCCCGAGCGGAGCCGGUCAAUCUACUGCAUACUUUACUGCGUCACUCCUCGUUCAAACUAUUAACCGGUCAACAAUGGCGCCUGCAAAGCCGAACAAAGUGUCUCGCAUCACAGUGGCUUGUAAUUCCUGCCGGUUUCGGAAACAGAAGUGCAGUGGGAAUAAGCCAAUUUGUACUCAAUGCGACCAGCACAAUCGGCCGUGCGACUGGCCCGAACAGUUGAAACGUGGCCCGGCAAAAGGUUAUAUAGAAGCCUUGGAGCAUCGUCUCCAUGAAACAGAAAGUCUGCUUCUGAAUCUACUCGCCCAAAUCCCAGAUUCUCAGCUCUCUGCUUCGGUUCAGGGAAGCCAAGAUCGUUCAAGCAGGCAUAGGAACAGCGGCAGUCCGCCACAAACGUACUCAUCAUCAUCUUCCCGCCUCGGAAAGCGAGGCACCGACUAUUGGAAGAAGUUUCCUCUACACACUGUCCAGGACAUCCGUGACUGGCAGAAUGAUUGUUUGAGCAAUGAAGGAGAUGGUUCAACACGACACUCUUUGGGACCUGAAGCCGUUAAGCGUCCUUCUGCCUCACAGUCUGAAUACCAACCGGAGACUGUAUCUCCAAAAGAUCAGAUGCCUGAGUUUCAAGGCUAUCGCGAAAUGCCUACGCUACCACGGAUACAUCAGAUCGAGAUACCAAACAGCCCGAUAGAUGCCGGUUCAUCGCCGGCCAAAGUUGCAUAUGGCAGUGGAUUCGAUGGUGAGGCCAGAGAGAAUCGUCCACGGAUGGAUCCUGUUUUCGAAGCAAUACAGUAUCAGCGCGCUCGAGCAGAAGCGGUCCACGAGUUCCCUAGUAUGCAGAAACCGAGUUUGUGGCGAGGUGCACCUUCUGUGAGCUUUCAACAACAAUUUCUUUGGUAGUCCAUUAGACAAUUGAUAUAUAGGGCAUGCAAGUAUCUUAUUGAUUAUAAACUUGGUCGGUCGCUGGGACGCCGCAACGUUAUAUCUCCCGCGUGGUUUACUUACAAAUAAUUGCUUAUUUUAUCAUGGAGGAAUCCUUGAGUCUACUUUGCUAAAG